CUUCCCAGUCCGCACUCUGCUACAGCAGCGCUCGCGGUGAUGUUUUGUGAUGUUGGGUGAAUAAAGCUCAGCUCGCGUGACCCCGUUUGUACUGCUCACACCUUUUUGUCUCUCUCCGACGGAGCGCGGGCGCGCGGCACAGCACGGCACGCGGAGUGAGUAGAGAGAGAGCAACGGAGAGUGUGCGAGUGAGAGAAAGCGAAGAGAGAGAGCAACAGAUAGAGAGAAAGAGUGAGUGAGUAUCUGAGAGAGAGAGGGUGAGAGAGAAAGCAAGAGAGAGCGAGAGAGAGAGAAGCGCGCGCGGAGCUCGAGACUGCCCCUCUCUCUCGCGCUGGUGCGGCCGGGCUUGGCGGGAGCUCGGCGGGAUACAUGCGCGCACUCCGGCUGCUUUUGCGCCGCCGAUGCACGAGGAAAUAUGCAGCGCAGUCCGGCCCUCUUCCUCCUCCUGCUCCUCGUCCUGAGCGGCCUGCUGGGACUCAGCUCCAGCUCCAGCUUUCCCAGUAACAUCAACAUAGGGGGUCUGUUCCCCACCGACUCCCACGAGUAUGAAGUGUUCCGCUUUGCUCUCUCUCAGAACCAUGAGGUGCCCAAACUGGUACCACAGGUGGACAUGGUGGACACGGGCAGCAGCUUCGCCAUGACAUAUGCAUUUUGUUCCCAGUUCUCUAAAGGAGUCUAUGCCAUCAUUGGUCUGUAUGACAGGAAGACUAUGAACAUGCUGAUGUCGUUCUGCGGGGCUCUGCACGUCUGCUUCGUCACGCCCAGCUUCCCCAUUGACACCAACAACCAGUUUGUGAUCCAGCUGAGGCCUGAGCUACAAGAUGCCCUGAUUGCCCUUGUGGAGCACUACAAGUGGACCAAGUUUGUCUACAUGUACAGCUCCGACUCAGGUCUGACAGUGCUUCAGAAGAUCCUGGACACCGCUGCAGAAAAAACCUGGCAGGUCACAUCCAUCAACUUCGACACGCUUACAGAGGCAGCCUUCCUGAAAGCCAUCCAGGACCUGGAGAACAAAAAAGAGUACAAGAUCAUUUUGGACUGUGAGCUGGAGAGACUUAACUCCAUCCUCAACCUGAUAGCAGCCCAGCGAAAGAACCUGAAGAAUUACCACUUCAUUCUGGCAAACCUGGGCUUUCUGGACUUGAACUUCACAGAGUUCAGGAAGGGCGGGGCUAAUGUGACGGGCUUCCAGCUGAUGAACUACACAGAGCCUAUGGUCAGCAGGACCAUACAGGAGUGGCUGGAGUUUGACAGCAAAGACCUGAAGAGUCCUAAGAAGAGGCUGAAGUACACUGGAGCACUAACCUAUGACGGCGUGAGCGUCAUGGCCACUGCCUUCCAGAACCUCAGAAAGCAGCGCAUCGACAUCUCUCGGCGGGGCAAUGCAGGAGAGUGCCUGGCCAACCCCCCAGCACCAUGGGGCCAAGGCAUCGACAUCCAGAGAGCGCUCCAGCAGGUGCAGUUUGAAGGUCUUACAGGUCACGUGCAGUUCAAUGAAAAAGGACACCGGACCAACUUUACUGUCAGCGUAAUGGAGCUUGGCUCAAGUGGCCCUAAGAAGGUGGGUUACUGGAACGAGAACGAGAAGUACGUGACCACGGCGACGUACACCCACACACUUAACGAAACCUUUGGCUUUCAGAACAGGACGUACGUAGUGACUACCAUUCUAGAAUCUCCAUAUGUGAUGCUGAAGAAGAAUCACGAGCAGUUCGUAGGGAACGAUAAGUACGAGGGCUACUGUGUGGAGCUGGCCGCAGAGAUCGCCAAGCACGUGGGCUACUCCUAUAGGCUGGAGCUCGUAGGAGACGGCAAAUACGGAGCCCGAGAUGCUGAGACAAAAAUGUGGAACGGCAUGGUUGGAGAACUGGUGUAUGGGAAAGCUGAUGUAGCCGUGGCUCCUCUUACCAUCACCCUGGUCAGAGAAGAGGUCAUCGACUUCUCCAAGCCUUUCAUGAGUCUGGGCAUCUCCAUAAUGAUCAAGAAACCCACCAAGUCCAAGCCUGGGGUCUUCUCCUUCCUGGACCCCCUGGCAUAUGAGAUCUGGAUGUGUAUCGUGUUUGCUUACAUUGGCGUUAGCGUGGUGCUGUUUCUGGUCAGCCGCUUCAGUCCUUACGAGUGGCACAGUGAGGACUCGGAGGAGGGAGCGGAGCAGCAGAGCCAGAACCGGACGCCCUCUCCAGAAGCCAGCCAGUCACAGUCCCAGGGCCAGCCGGGCCAGAACCAGCAGGAGAAACAGGAGAAGCAGCCUGAACACACCAACGAGUUCGGUAUCUUUAACAGCCUGUGGUUCUCCCUGGGGGCUUUCAUGCAGCAGGGCUGCGAUAUCUCACCCAGAUCACUCUCUGGACGUAUUGUUGGUGGUGUCUGGUGGUUCUUUACCCUCAUCAUCAUCUCCUCCUACACGGCCAACCUAGCUGCUUUCCUCACUGUGGAGAGAAUGGUGUCCCCUAUAGAGAGUGCUGAAGACCUGGCUAAACAGACAGAAAUCGCCUACGGGACUUUGGACGGAGGAUCUACCAAAGAGUUCUUCAGGAGAUCGAAGAUAGCGGUGUUUGAGAAGAUGUGGUCCUACAUGAAGUCUGCUGAUCCCUCAGUGUUUGUGAAGACCACGGAUGAGGGUGUCGUGAGAGUCAGGAAGUCGAAAGGAAAGUACGCCUACCUGCUGGAGUCCACCAUGAACGAGUACAUUGAACAGCGGAAACCCUGUGACACCAUGAAGGUUGGGGGAAACCUAGACUCCAAGGGCUAUGGAGUUGCCACUCCCAAAGGAUCUGCCUUAAGAAUCCCCGUAAACCUAGCGGUGUUGAAGCUCAAUGAGCAAGCCGUCUUAGACAAACUGAAAAACAAAUGGUGGUACGAUAAAGGCGAGUGUGGAAGCAAGGACUCCGGAAGAAAGGAUAAAACCAGUGCCCUUAGCCUCAGUAAUGUGGCGGGGGUGUUCUACAUCCUGAUUGGCGGACUAGGCUUGGCCAUGCUGGUGGCCUUGGUCGAGUUCUGUUACAAGUCCAGAAUUGAGUCUCGGAGAAUGAAGCAAAUCAUUGACGCGGCCAUGAUGGGCUCCACUCUGACUCGGAUGGGCAGCGGCGGGGAGAACGGCCGAGUGGUGGCCCACGACUUCCCCAAAGCAGCACAGACACUGCCCUGCAUGGGCCAGGCAGCGGGAAUGGGCCUCAGCACCACCGGCAUGUAGACGAACCCUGGUCCUGGGUUGCCACAGAGGGGUGAAUGAAGAGAGAAGCGUUGCGCUGCGACAUGCUGUACAGCCAAUCGGACUGAUUCCACACUCUGGACUCUUGAAGACGAGAGCAGGAGGGGCAGACGUCUCUUUUCUAAUACGAAGUGUGGUCGUUUUUUUGAAGUCUUUCUGGUGCAAUAAGAAGCUUGUGUGGGAGGGAGGUUUUUGUAUGAAGUUUCGUUUUCGUGGGAGUGAACAGAACAGAAGCUCCGCCCCACUCUAAGGGUAGUGACUUGCACUUGCACUAUGUCGUUCCUGUCAUCUGGCCUUGGUUUUAUGUUUUGGUUAAAUUAAUGAGGAUGAGAUUCUUGGUUCGUUUGUUGGUGUUUGCCUGUUUUGAGCGUAAAAGGUUUCAGUGUGUUUAACUAACGCAACGUUGUUUUGUCUGCUAAGUGAUAUGGAGAGCAUUCCGAGCCCAGUCAUUCCUAUAUUGUCUUUCUGUCAGUGAGGAAGGAUGAUUGAUUAACUGUGUUGAAAGUGAGUGCUGUUUAUAGACGGGCGCUCAGUAUGCCGGUUUUGAUUUGCCGAUGCUACGUCUUAGUGUUUCAGGUCCAUUUCAAGAUGUCAGAAGGUCUUCCUCCUUCAUUAAACGCAUUGCCCAAACUUUCCUCCCAAGCGCCCUGAUAAGAUUGUUGGGUAAGAAAGCAGGAGCUGAUCGUUCAGGCUUGUCAUAGCCUUUGCUCCGUCUCCCUCUGCCCUACUGAACAUGAUGAAUCACCUGCUAGCAGUCUCUGAGCCGUGAUUAGAUCUGAGAGAAAGAGCAAUCGAGAGACACAGAGAGAGAGAGAGUGGGCGUGAGGCAGCCAGAGACGGAGUUAAGACAAAAGACAGAGUGCAGAAAUACUAUGUGUAAUAAAUCUAUACAGACCAAGUUUGAGAAAUACGGCAAAAAUAAGACAUUACGAUACUUCUGCGCUGCCCAAAACACACAGACCACAUGCUUCACCAGAUUAACACUAUUUAAGAUGGAACUAAAGGCAAAAAAAAUUAUAAAUCAGUUUGUAAGCGUAAAUAUAAAGCAUUUCAAUAAAAUAAGACAACUGAGGAAUGGGCUGGCAUGUGGUUUACGCAGUUACUGUAUUGUUCACUGGUUAUUGCUGUUUUCAGGCUCUGUAGUUUGUCUAAAUCUGUUGUUGUCUGAUCCAUGCUGUCAUUUAGUGUUCAGAAGUUUGUUAAAACCCAUGAUUUAUGUUUUUAUUUUUUAAAAAGCACAUUAUUACAUCAUUAAUCACAAUAACAAUCAAUGUCAGUCUGCUCACACCUAAUACUAAUGCUACCUAUGUUUGAAUGAUUUUUGUCAUGUCAUGCUUCCAUUCUAUAAUUUUACAUUUGGUGUUUACAUCACAGUAACUGUGUGCUGUAGGCAAGCUGGAAACACAUUAUUUGAGACACAUUAAGCUGGAGACACAGUAUUUCCAGUGCAGGGCUAAAUAGGAACUAAGGCCAGGCUGUACCGGUGCAGACCUUUUUUGUCAGUUUCUGUGUUGCUUAUAAACAAAUGUUUUGGAGAUAAAACAUUACAUCAUUAAGAAAAACGUUACUGAUUAAGGGUUAUUUGGAGCAAUGCCAUAGAAGAACCACUUUUUACAUGGGAUGUGUGAGUGUUUUUAAAGGUUAAACAUCUCUCAAAUGGUGUAACAUUACUGUCCUCUUCUGCAAUACAUGACAUGUAUAAACUGACCUUCAACAAGUAAAACAAUGAGAGAAGUUUACUUAUCAUAUACUGUAUGAAUUAUCAUUUCAUAAUGAGAAGUUUUAUCUACACACUAUGUCCAAGUGUUGCUGACACACCUUCUAGAAUGCAUUCAGCUACCGUGCAAGUAUUAAUAUAAUAUAAUUGAAUAGGACUCUCUGUAGCAGAUCAACAUGUGCAUAAACAUGUUACCAUGUCUACUGUAUGUUCUAGAAGGGAGCAGUGGAACUGUGUUCUCUGGAAUGAUGGUGCUCCAUCCACUACCUUGUGUGUAGUGUGUAGUUAUCAUCCAGAAUCUUUUUUUUAUCAUUUUUAUUUCUCCCAUUUUCUCCCCAAUUACACAGCCCAUUACCCAACCCACUCAUUAGGACCUUCCCUAGUGAUGCCCCAACACCAGGAGGGGGAAGACUAGCACAUGCCUCCCCCGAGAUGUGAAGUCUGCCACUGCCUGUUUCCUGCUGCUGAUGCAGCAUUUCCGAGUAGCAUCACAGUGUACUCGGAGGAAAGCGCAGUGACUCAGUUCCGAUACAUCAGCUCACUUGGCUGCGGACAUCACCUUUUUUUGGAGUGAUGUGGGGAGAGAGCACCAUCUACCCACCUAAUCUCCAUCUCCUAAUCAUAAUGGCAGCACAUAUCCCGCUGGACCACUUGAAGCCCUGUCAUCCAGAAUCUAGACCUUACUAACACACUCAUAUUCCUGUUACCGAAUACAAUCAAAUCCUCACACCAGUGCUCCAAAACAGUCAAAGAGUUACUCCAACAAUGUCAGGAUGAAUUAAUUUUUUUGUAUACUUUUAAUUUCAGAACAAACAAUGAAUAAGCAGGUGUCUCAAACCUUUUUUCCCAUUUCGUGUUUAUUAAACAGAUUUAAGAUGCCAACAUAUAAUUUUUAGUGCAGAGUGCAGAUGCAGCAUUUUUAAGGAACCUUUAUUUAAGUGCAUAUGGUGAAGAAGCAUAGGUUUCGCUGAAAAGCAUGCAGGCAGUAAAAUAAGCUGGUGUUAGUAUACAGCUGUUGCAAGAGCAUGAAAACACAUAUAAUGAGGGAAAUAUCCCCAUUAGCAGCAGCACUGGUUCGUGAUUUGACGUUAAUUUGAUGAUUUAAUGGGUUGCUUCUAACAGUAGAUUUGAGAGGAGCAGCAGGAAAGAGAGCAGCAGCGCUAUUUGCCAGCUUAUUAGCCUGACUGCUGCCGCACUUACGCUCACAUGUGCUGUCGCAGUCUUGACAAAACCUCACAUCUCCACAUUGAUUUAUAGGAGAAGAGAAAAGAUGUGCUUAAAGAUGUUCUACUUUAGUGUACCUUAAUGUAACGUAACAAGCUUUGAAUGGAAGCGAUUUGGAAGUGAAGAGGACCAUAUCUAUUGAUCCAUUCUCUUGAAAUUUCACACAGUGUAAAGGGCAACAUUUAUAUGUUAUAAAUGAUGUAAAAAUCUGACAGAGACAGUAUACUGUAUAUAAUGAGGAGAGAUGUGCAAUACAGAGAUAAAAUAGUAUAGCAGUUAUAUUUCUACAUAUUGACUGUGAUAGACCUUAAAAAUAUGAUAAACAUAUACAGCUCUGGAAAAAAAUAAGAGACCACUUCAGUUUCUGAAUCAGUUUCUUUGAGUUAGCUAUUUAUAGGUAUAUGUUUAAGUAAAAUGAACAUUGUUGUUUUUUUGUAAUUUACAGAAAGCAGAAAAUGAGAAACAGCUAAAAUAACAAAAAAGAUGUAGAGCAUUCAGACCUUAAAUAAUGAAAAGAAAACAAGUUCAUAUUCAUUAAGCUUUAAGAGUUCAGAAAUCAAUAUUUAGUGUAAUAACCGUGGUUUUUAAUCACAGUUUUCAUGCAUCCUGGCAUGUUCUCCUCCACCAGUCUUACACACUGCUUUUGAAUAACUGUAUACCACCCCUGGUGCAAAAAAUCAAUCAGUUCAGCUUGGUUUAGUGACGCCCUCUGGUUUGAUCUCUGCGCUUUUUUUUCCAGAGCUGUAUAAUAAAAACACAUUAAUAAGUCAAUAAUGUGACAAGCUUUAAAGACCAACCAAAAGGAUUCUACUGUAUAAAAUGUAUUAGAUUGGUCUCAAUACUUGACCUUAUGUUUGGAUUAACUGGAUUUAUUGAAUUAACUGAGUACCCAAAUGCAACCUGAAACUGUGAUUGGUCAUUGCUCACAGUAAACACAGUAAAAUCACUGAUCUGAAUGCUCAUUUGCAUAUUGCAUUGUUCAACUCAACAGUUCAGUAACUCUUAUAAUAAUAAUAAAAUAAGAAGAAUAACUACACCAAUAAAAGUAAUAUUAAUAAUAAUAGCCUACAGUGUAAAUUAAUGCACAGUCUAAUAAACAAUGUGCCUAAUCUGUGUUGAUGCACCUCAAACCAAACCCUGAAAGACGUCUCUUUUUUUAUUAAAGUGGUAUACACCAAUCAGCCAUAACAUUAACACCAUUACCUAAAGUUAACACUAAAGGUAUUCUGUGGUUUCUGGCAACAAGAUGCACAAGUUAGCAGGAGAACCUUUUUAAUUUGGUUUUAGGUACUUUUUAAAGUGGGAAUUCCAUGGAUCACAUCAAUAAGAAAAAGCUUCCUGAUGUUUUACCAAUUUGAUGCUUUGACCCCAAACAUCUUCAUAUCACAGUUCUGUUCCUGUCAGAGUGACUCAAAUACUUACGCUUGGCCAUUUCAAGGACUGAUUGUUCACUUGCUGCCUAAUAAAUCCAUCCCACCUUUUGACAGAUGCCACUGAAGAGAAGCUGAAGAUAAUCCACGUUCCUCACUUGUUACCACCUGUCAGUGGUAUUAAUGUUAUGGCUGAUGGGUGUAUGUAUGUGUUAGUAGCCUUGGUGUCCCGGAUGCUAGAAUCGCAGCUGCAUCAGGCUGCAUCUGUCAGAGCUGUGCUAGAUCUGGUUUGUCACGUUGAGACAGGAUGACCAGAAAGUCACUGUAAAGCACAAAAAUCUGUUUUUUUGCACAAUAGCAAUUUCACUUCACCCCUCCAGCACAAGCAUCUGCUGCGUUUUGGUUUUCGACGUGUUUGUCAGGGCUAGGGCAUCCAGCUUCCAUCUGUACGGUUCCUCAAUAAAUAAACUGUAUGGCACGGUGCGGUGGGGCGGAUUGUUAACAAUACCAACAGUACUGAUCAUUUUUUUGUACCUUAAUUGAUUUGUAAAAAAAAAUAAGCGAAGAAACUGAAUAAAAAAUUAAUAAAAUAUUUGAAACAACAAGGAAAAAAGAGAUUGACCUUAAUAUGAUGUGGAAUAUGUUUGUGCUGAAGAAAAAAAAAAAACAAUGCUUUUUAUGGUUUUGCAUUUGAUAGAUUAUAAUUGAUUUAGUAUGUUAUGUUUGAAUUUUUUAUUUUUGUUUUUUUCUUCAUAUUUAUGGUGGAAUUUUUUGUCCUGUACACUGUUUUGUUUUUUUAUUUAUUUAUUUAUUUUUUGCUUUGGCACAGUACUUUUCCUUUCCAAACAGUAUGUUCCGUUUUAUUCGCAUCAGUCUCGCAAAAAAAGAAAAUUACAAAAACCUUUCAGAAAAAAAGAGGGGAGAGGAGAGGGGAGGAUGUGACUUGAAUUCUGAAACUGAUGAAAAAAUAUGUUGACAAUAAGAGCUCAAAAAUAAACUUUUCUAACCACA